AAGAGGGGCGGAGUCUCCGAUGUUAGCCUUUUUACUCAUUGUUCUGAGUAUCAUCCCACCGCAGUUGAGGUGAGGCAUAGAGAACAAAGUAUAUCGGUGGAAAAGUCUGUUUGUGGACCUGCGUAGACUUGGAAUAUUCGAAACAACUUCUUGUAUUUUGACAGGACUUCUCCAUUGUUGUUGGUUUGAGCCCAGGAGGCCACCAUGGAAAUGCAGAUGGGCAAUGAGGGGAGGGGGAAGGUGAAAGAGUGGCAGGAGACCUACUACGCCGGGGACUCUGGGAUCCAGUCAGGAGCCACCACAGUGAGAACCGAUGACGACGGGACCGAGUACAGCACCAAGCAGUACAGCACCGUCACCACCACCAUCGUCUCAGAGAACCCUGCUGAAGUGGAGUCUCAGUAUGCCCUGACCCGGGCCCAGCGUGUCCGAGCGGCCAUGUUCCCAGAGACGGUGAUGGAGGGCACGACCAUCCUGUCCACCCAGACUGACCCGUCCCAGAUGACCAACGUACAGCGGCUGGCCGAGCCCUCACAGCUCCUCAAGACGGCCAUCGUCCACCUCAUCAACUACCAGGACGACGCCGAGCUGGCCACUCGCGCCAUCCCCGAGCUCACCAAGCUGCUCAACGAUGAGGACCAGGUGGUGGUUAACAAAGCCUCCCUGAUCGUCAACCAGCUGACCCGUAAGGAGGCGUCUCGCCGGGCGCUGAUGGCGUCCCCCCAGAUGGUGGCGGCGGUGGUGCGGGCCAUGCAGAACACCGGGGACAUGGAGACAGCCCGGGCUACAGCCAGCAUCCUCCACAACCUGUCCCACCAGAGAGAGGGCCUGCUCUCCAUCUUCAAGUGUGGGGGCAUCCCUGCCCUGGUCCGCAUGCUCAGUUCUCCCAUGGAGUCUGUGCUGUUCUAUGCCAUCACCACCCUCCACAACCUGCUACUGCACCAGGAGGGAGCCAAGAUGGCGGUGCGCCUGGCCGACGGCCUGCAGCGAAUGGUGCCUCUGCUGAAGAAGAGCAACCCCAAGUUCCUGGCCAUCACCACCGACUGCCUGCAGCUGCUGUCCUACGGCAACCAGGAGAGCAAGCUGAUCAUCCUGGCUAACAGUGGUCCGGAGGGCCUGGUCCACAUCAUGAGGAACUACAGCUAUGAGAAGCUCCUGUGGACCACCAGCCGUGUGCUCAAAGUGCUCUCUGUCUGCCCCAGCAACAAACCUGCCAUCGUGGAUGCUGGUGGGAUGCAGGCUCUGGGGAUGCACCUGACAGGUUCCAGUCAGCGUCUGAUGCAGAACUGUCUGUGGACCCUGAGGAACCUGUCGGACGCUGCCACUAAACAGGAGGGGCUGGACAGUCUUCUUCAGACUCUCGUUGGUCUCCUGAGCUCUGACGACGUCAACAUGCUCACCUGCUCCACUGGCAUCCUCUCCAACCUCACCUGCAACAACGCUCGCAACAAGGCCAUGGUCACCCAGAGCAACGGCAUCGAGGCGCUCAUCCACGCCGUCCUGAGGGCGGGAGAGAAGGAGGAUGUGGCGGAGCCGGCUGUGUGCGCCCUGCGUCACCUGACGUCGCGCCACUCUGACGCCGAGGUGGCCCAGAAUGCCGUGCGCAUGCAUUAUGGCAUUCCUGCGAUUGUCAAGCUGCUCAACCAGCCCUACUACUGGCCUGUCAUCAAGGCUGUGGUUGGUCUGAUCCGUAACCUGGCACUGUGCCCAGACAACCAGACCCCUCUGAGGGACGCUGGGGCCAUCCCCCGCCUGGUCAAUCUGCUGCUCAAAGCCCACCAGGACGCCCAGAAACACGGCUCCACCGCACAGCAGACAUACCAGGAUGGCGUGAGGAUGGAAGAGAUCGUGGAGGGGUGCACAGGGGCCCUGCACAUCAUGGCCAGAGACACCAUCAACAGGGGAGAGAUCGCCAGCAUGCAGACCAUCCCACUCUUUGUACAGCUGCUGUACUCUCCAGUGGAGAACGUGAAGCGCGUGUCAGCGGGGGCUCUGUGUGAGCUGGCCCUGGACAAACAGUCUGCGGAGAUGAUCGACGCAGAGGGAGCCUCCGCGCCGCUCAUGGAGCUGCUGCACUCCAACAACGAGGGCAUCGCCACCUACGCUGCCGCCGUUCUCUUCCGCAUCUCCGAGGACAAGAGCUCAGACUACAAGAAGCGUGUGUCCGUGGAGCUCACGCACUCCCUGUUCAAGCACGACCCCGCCGCCUGGGAAAUGGCCCACAAUGCUGUCCCCAUGGAGUCCGGCUAUGCAGCAGACGAGCUAGACGCAGGCUACCACCAAUAUGGAGACUACCCUGGUGACAUGCCCAUGGAUGGAGAGAUGGGGAUGUCCGAUGUUGAAUACCAAAGCGGUGGCGGUGGCAUGACCUACGACAUGAGGCAACCGGGAUAUGCUGAGCGCUACUAGGACAACGGCACUGAAGGGAUGAGAGGAGAGAUGGGGGGGGGGCAGCAGAAGAAGAGGAGAGAAGCGGGGGGAGCAGAAGAAGAGGAGAGAAGGAAGUGGGGGGAGAAGAAGAAGAGAGGAGCGGGGGGGUGGGGGGUGGGGGGCAGAAGAAGGGGAGAAAUCACAGAGAAUCUUCAAAUGGAGUGAUGUCAAUCUGUCUCUGCUCACCUCGAGGUAGUAUAUGCAAUUAUCACUGACUGUGGGGCUCAGAAUCUAACAGGGCUUACCUUCUGUUUUCUAAGAAUGAUGAUGAUGCACAGGUUUUUAGUCAAGUACGUUUUAAGGUUGUGUGCGCUUUUCGGGUGGGUAAUCUAUGCCAAAGAGAUUUUAUUUUGUGACGAUAAUCAUGUAGAUUCCUUUUUUCUUUUCUUUUUUUCCCCCCCGAUUUCAAUAGUAGUUGAAAACACUGCCAGAGGUGACUGGACAACGAUGUGUACUAUACAGCUCACCUGUUCACAUGUUUGCUUUCUUCAGCCUUUGUAAUGGACACUGCUGUUUUUAACUUUCUUUUAACACUAUUUGCUGUUAACAUUCUUCCCACUGUGUUUCUCGAAAGUCUGCAUGAGUUAAUUCACAAGUUAGUGAGUUAAUUCAUGAGCUAGUAGGGAGUUAGAGAUGGUACUGACUCUGUGGUGUAAUAUUCUUACGUUGACUCACACAGUAGAAGAGAACAACCCAAUAGACGGGAGUCUACUGGAGGCCCUAAAUCAAGAACCUUAGUGACAGGGAAUUUUGUCUUUCUACAUAAAGGUUUUUACUUCAAUUUUGUUUAAGAAAAUAAAGAAUAUAUUAAAGUACAGGCA